AUGCUAACCCACCCCGCCGCGCAGGCCGGGAGCUCACCGGCACGGAGCCAGGGCUCACCGGAGCGGUGGUGCGAGGUGGAAGACGCCCCUGACGAGCGGGACCCGCUCGUCAGCGGCCGUGGUUUCUUUCAAAUCCACAGAGCCGCCGCCACCUCUUAUCCUGUUCGUCACUUCCUCUGGCCCGACGGCACCGAGAGCCCGAGAUUUAGCCGUGGUGUGUCCUUGCUUCCUUCAAGCUCCAGCAGCGGCGCGUGCCCCUACCUCGCCAUCCGCUCCUGUAGUCAUGGAACCUUCCUCAGCCGUGGCCCCAUCACCUACCUAGGUUGCCGCCCACGCGCUCUAUCUGUGCCGCGCCGCGCCGCCACCGCCACCGCCACCGCAGUGGCUGCUGGCUACGUGCUCCCUGCGUGGCGAACUGGGCUGGCCAGUAGAGUUGCAGUCUCCGCGUCUCCAACCUUCUUCAGCGGUUGUGCAUCUAUCGUGCAACCACCAGAGCACCAGAACAAAGUGCUCAAUGAGGAGCUACCAAAGUUCAGAGAUAAAGAAGGCCACUUUGGAAAACCUGUAGCAAAGAAUGGCUGCAAGGACUACAAUUUCGACCCAGCAAAAUGGUGGGGCAAUUAUGGGACGCAAGUUCCAACUUUGCAAAGGAUGGCUAUAAGGAUUCUCUCUUUAACGUCUAGCUCUUCCGGUUGUGAAAGGACCUGGAGCUGUUUUGAAGGAAAUCAUACAAAGAAGCGAAACAAGCUAACAAGUGAGCGUCUCAAUCAACUUGUUUUUGUGCAAUACAAUAACAAGAUGAAUGGGAAAAAAGUGAAGGCCAAGAAGAACCAAAACAUGGAUCCUCUUCUAGGGACUGAUUCAAAUCGUGCUCAAGGAUGGCUUGUUGAAGGUGGUGAUGAAGAGGAUGCUGAGCCAGUUUGUGGGCUGACAUGGAAGUUAAUUGAAGAGGCAUGUGGGGUUGAGGAAUGUGGGAAACUUCGUAGAAGUGCAAGGCUGGCCCAAAUGAGAGAUGUUAGUGAAGAUGAAUUUCAGUCUGAAGAAGAGCCAACCAAUGAGGAAGACAUCGACUUUGAGUCUGACCAGGAGGAUGUUGUCCCAGUUGUUGGGGAGGAUGAGCAGGAUGGGGAGAAUGAGGACUAGUCCCUUUACUGCACAUGCAGGGCUGUUUAUUUUAUUUAGCUUUCGCUUAUGACUUAGAAGUUAGAACUAAUUUAUAUGCAUUUCUAUGAACUUUUGCUAUGCCUCUACCAUUAGCCAGUCUGUAGCUUUUGUGCAUGCCAUGACCCAUGACCAUGAGUAGUCGACCUGACUUUUGGAUAUUUUGGGGAGGAAUUAUAGCAGAGGCUAGAUGCCACAUUUGUAUUUUGUCAUACAUGAAUGCAUGAUGCAUAUCUGUUGCACGCAUGUCAUAUGUACUGAACAUUGAAGUGUAAUGGAUUUAUGUGACCAUGUCUCAUGACGACAUGACGUGAUAUUAUUCUUGGUU